GUUUCCAAAGUAUUGCAAACAAAAUUGAAAAUUUAGGUUUUCUUUUUCUGCGCUUUCUUUUAGACGAAGUUGUCGUGUUCAUCUGUGGAAGCCAUGGCCGAUCUAAGAAAUUGCAGAUGUGGCUUUAGCGUGGCAAGAGAGGUGGAGAUCAUCUGUGAGGCUGAUUUUUCUCAUAUUGAUAGAGUUUGCUCUGGAGCCGGUUCUUCGACGAACGUUCAAAGAGAAUCUCCAGGUGUUGUGGCGGCCGGUUCAAUCAAAGUAACCCUCCCUCCAUCCGUCGAAGAAUUGCUCCACACCAUCUGCGUCAAACAUUCACAACCACCUCCAGACAUGCCUGUGAGGAAAGAGCUCUGUUCGCUCGGCGAAAAAGCCGCUCUUGACCUCCUCAGAACCAUCUCUGGUUCCAAGGAGAUUCGAACUCUCAAUGGGUUCAUUAUUUUCAUGGUCAGGAAGCACCGCAAUGGCUCUUCUCAAGAAAGCGACUGUAGCUCUCCCCAGAAACAAAGUUCACCCAGUCCCUCAACUUCCAAUCACCAUUAUGACUAUAGUCCUCACUCACCAAUCCCAAAGGAUCUGACGUCCCCCUCUUCAAGAUUAAACAGGGCAAACAUGCAGCAAAUAAGUGACCAAUUAUUGGCCCUUGGUGAACUUGAAUUCAGGAAAGCGUUUCUGAUUUUAAGUUAUAUUGGGAGGAACAGGCUGGAGAAUGUUAUGUCUGCCAAUGACAUUCUUAGACUGAAAGAUAUGCCAAUGGGGCCUUUGGAGUCUAGAGUUUGGACUGACUAUGGCAGGAAAAAUUGUGAGGUGGUGGAUCGAGUGAAGUAUCUUGACUGGGAUUCUAAAAAGACGUAUCUCUAUCACUGUCAUGUUGAUCCAGAUGGAAGUUAUAGUUUCAAGGGUCCGUAUCUGAAACCAACAAGAACUCACUUGCAACGGGAAUUAGGAGACGAUAAUGUAUUGCUCGUGAAAUUUGCGGAAGAAUCCCAAAAUUGUACAAAGUUUGCGAUUGAUUCUCCUAAUUAUAGUGCUCGGUUCAACAAGAUUGGUGAAGAUGGAAUUUUUGUUGGCUUGAGGCGUUAUCGUUUUUUCGUGUUUAAAGAUGGAGGAAAAGAGGAGAAAAAGAAAAAUCCAACUUCGUCAACCGUAAAAUGCUACUUUGUUCGAAUGGAGUCUAUUGCUCCUUGUGAUGAGGGGAAACCUUAUGUUUUGUCUAACAAAACAGUUGAUGAAGCAAGGUGUCUUUUCAUGCAUGCACACAUGGUGUCCAGCAUGGCUAAAUAUAUGGCUAGGUUUUCCCUGAUUCUAUCGAAAACUAUAAAGCUUCAAGUUAAUCUUUCUUCGGUGCAUAUUGAAAGGAUUGAAGAUAUACCUUGCCGGGAUGAAAAUGGGCAUGUUGUCUGCAAUGAAGAUGGAGAGCGUCUGAUCCAUACCGAUGGAACUGGUUAUAUAUCAGAAGAUUUAGCAUUGAUGUGUCCCAAAGAUUUUUACAAGGCAGAGUAUAUCAAUUAUGAAAAUUUUGAGAGAUUUCUUGAAUGUGUCAACUCUGGGAACAGAUCAUUAGAAUUGAGAGGAGAAGCUCGCAGUAGGGAACCGCCUUUGCUAACACAAGUACGUUUAUUCAAUAAUGGUUGUGCCGUCAAGGGAACCCUUCUUGUCAAUAGAAAGCUUCCACCUCGAACAAUUCAAAUUAGACCCUCAAUGGUGAAGGUGGAGACAGAUUCAAGACUUAAAACUUUACAAAAUUUGAACUCAUUGGAGAUAGUUGGAGUAAGUCAUCAACCGAGAAAAACAUUUCUGUCUAGGAAUUUGAUAGCUCUACUUAGCUAUGGUGGAGUUCCAAAAGAGUAUUUUUUGGAUAUACUGAUGAAUGCUCUGGAAGAUUCCCAGAGUGUUUACUCCAACAAGCGUGCAGCGCUACGAGUUGCCGUGAACCACGGAGAAAUUGAUGAUGAUUACACUACAUCGAAAAUGAUCCUUUCUGGAAUUCCUCUGAACGAACCAUGUUUGAAUUAUCGGUUAUCCAUUCUGGCAAAGAAUGAAAGAAAGGCACUAAAAGGAGGAAAGCUGCCUGUUAGUGAAAGCUUCUAUUUAAUGGGCACAGUUGAUCCCACUGGAGUUUUAAAAAGGGACGAAGUUUGUGUCAUUCUUGACAACGGUCAAAUUACGCACAAGGUUCUGGUGUACAGGAAUCCUGGGCUUCACUUUGGAGACAUACAUGUUCUAAAUGCAGUUCAUGUGAAGGCCUUGGAAGAAGUUGUUGGAAAUGCGAAAUAUGCUAUAUUCUUCUCGUCCAAAGGCGAGAGAUCUAUAGCAAAUGAAAUGGCAAAUGGUGAUUUUGAUGGAGACAUGUACUGGGUCUCUCUAAACCCUCAGCUGUUGAAUUCUUUCAAAGCUAGCACAUGUUGGACACGCAUCCAUUCAACACCAAGUGCAUCCACUAAAAAGCCCAGUGAUUACUCAGCUGAGGAAUUGGAACGUGAACUUUUUCAGUUAUUUCUAUCAACGAGGUUUCAAAGAAGUUACAAUAUGAGUGUAGCAGCCGAUAGUUGGCUCUCAUUUAUGGACCAGCUUCUGAUAUCUGGAGAAGCCUCUGCCGAUGAGAAGGAUUGUAUGCCAAAAGAUAUGCUUAAGUUGAUUGAUAUAUAUUACGAUGCUUUAGAUGCACCAAAAAGUGGAAAGAAGGUGGAAGUUCCAAAGAAACUAAGGGCGAAAAAAUAUCCACAUUAUAUGGAAAAGAAGGAUAGUUACCAGUCUACUUCUGUUUUGGGGAUUCUUUUUGAUACUGUAAAUACAUAUCUUCAAAUUGAAGAUCCGUUACUGAAGGAAGUCACAAAACUACCUUGUUUCGAUGUUGAAAUCCCGGAGGCCUGCUUGAAGAAAUGGAAGGAGAGGUAUAAUGACUACAGAAUUGAUAUGACAAAGGCCUUGCAAUCUGGCCAUGAAUCGAAAAAUGAUUGUGCAAAUCAAGUGAUUAAGAAAUACAAGCAGAUGUUAUACGGUGCCGAUGAGUUUGAAGAGAGCGAGAGGAAGGUGGAGGAGAUCUACAACGACGCCCUUGCAAUUUAUCAUGUUACCUAUGACCAUGCAAUUACCCAACGCGCAGUUAAAUAUUGCAACUUUGCAUGGAAAGUCGCUGGUACUGUCCUCUGCAGGUUUUAUGCCCACAAACUAGAUGAGAAGUCCAUACUCUGUUCACCAUCUGUUUUGAAAGAGGUCCUAAAUUAGGGAGCUCGUGUUUAUUAUAUAUAUGUGUGUGUGUAAAUAUCCGUUGUAUAGAAAUGUAUCAAGUUUUGUAGUUGUGCUAUAUGCAAAAUGUAAUAUGUGGUAUAUUUAUUGUCGUGUAAUGUGUACUAUGUUUUUAUUGUAUUAGAUUCAAUUUCAAUCAA